AUGCUGUUUGGAAGAAGCCUGUUGACAAGGAUUAUUCAAUUUCUUCAUGUUGGAAGCAUGUAUCCAAUAUGGACUUUACCUCUUCCAACGUGGGAGCGAGAUGGCGUUGUACUGGUUGGGGAUGCAGCACAUGUGCUUCCUUCAAGCUCCGGUCAAUGUUCUUCUCAAGCAUUGGAGGAUGUUGAAGCUUUUGUAUUGUUCUUGGCUCAUUACCUUCGUAUGAAUGAUGUACACCGGGACAAGGUAGCGUCGAAGGCCCAGAAGAAUGCGAUCAAGGCAGCCGCGCGUCAAGGCAAGACACAGAACAGCAAGCUCGAAAUGGGCAUAUUCAAAGAGUAUUCUGUAUAUUCAGUGGUAUUGACUAACACAGGACUGUUCCCUAGUUUCAUGAGCAAUCAAAUUCGCGCGGUGACGGAGUAUAACAUUGCAGAUCAUGUUGCGUGA